GGUAUUAUAAGUGAUACAAAACAUUAGAAAGGACAUAUUGGUAACAUUUAAUUAUUGUUUUCUAAUUGAAAAUCAAACUUUCGGAUAUUUUAGCAAUGUAGAAAGGACGUACAUAUUCUAAAAAGUAAGGUUGCAAUAAUAAUGAAAACAAGAUAUUUUGACUGAAGAAUAACAAUGAGUAAAUCAGAAAAAGGACGACCAAAUGGAAAAUCCAACUUGGAUGAUGCCGUCGUGAAGUGUCCGAUUUGUUCUGACAGGUUUACAGAUCCGAAGAGUCUACCAUGUCUUCAUUCAUUUUGUCAGAAAUGUCUUGGAACAUACAUUGAUCGUUAUACACAGGACAACGAUAAUCCUAGACCAAAUUCGUUCCCUUGCCCACAAUGUCGAGCAAUCGCAAUUCCGAUCGAUUCAACAGCAGCACCAUCCAUGUGGGCAGAACAACUACCGACAAAUGGAUUUAUAAUGAAUGUCAUGGAGAUUAUGUCUUUCGAAAACAAUGAGAAAACCUGCGAACCCUGCAAAAAGCAGAACAAGGAAAGUGUCCGUGCUGAUGUUUGGUGUAAGCAUUGUCGUAUUUGUUUGUGCAAGACGUGCAUCAAUUACCACAAUGCAUUGUUUCUGGAUCACGAAACUAUGCCUGUAGACCAAGCUCUUCGCCAGCCAGCCAUACUUACCGACGAUGAACUUCGCUGCAGUCGCCAUAAUCAAAAUAUGGAGCUCUUCUGUUUAGAUCAUAACACUCUCGUCUGCUCUGUUUGUGUAGCGCUGGAACAUAGAAGAUGCGUCCAAGUUCUUACAACUGAAUUUUAUGCGAAAGAGUUAAAAAAUACUCGGGAGGUAGAGAAACUAGUAGAACAAUUUAACGAGUGUCUAUCUUCACUCGAAGAAAUUGUAAAUGAAAACAUCAAACAACAUCAAAACCUGAACAACAAAAAAGAUGACAUAAAAAAGAAGAUGAAAACAUUUAGAGGAUCGAUUACUGGACAUCUUGACAAAUUGGAGGAAAACUUUAAUCAACGCCUGACUAAAAUACACAAAGAGGAAAAGGAUAAGAUUCAGUCAAGAAUUCAAGACAGCAAAGUUACACAGUCAGCCAUUGAACAUUCUAGAAAGAUGAUUCAAGCUACAGCGAGUUAUGGAAGUAAUGCUCAGUUCGUUGCAACAGUUGCCAAAGCGCGUGAGAACUAUUUAGAUUUUAAACAAAAGGCGAUGGAAAACUCGGCAAAGUUAGAAAGUAUUGAUAUAAAAUUUAGAUUCAACCCAAAAGCUAGAGACAUACCAGCAACUGUGAUGGAAUUAGGAGAGAUUAAAAUUUCCCAUGGUAGACCAGAUGCUCCGAAGCCUAUCGCCGAAAUGAAACCAAUGUUGGAUAAACGUGCUGUUCUGAUAAGAGAUUUCCACAUUCGUCUGCCUUCAGAUACAAACGACUGCGUUAUUACUGGUGGAAUAUAUCUGCCUGAUGGAAAAGUUAUCUUGUGCGAUUUUCACAACAAAACAAUCAAAAUGUUCAAGGAUACCGGUAUUUUCAUUUCGAAAGUCCUUUUGACAUCUGAACCGUUCGAUAUUUGUCAAGUUGAUAUGAAUACUCUUGCAUGUACACUUCCAAACAAUCGGGAAAUUGCUCUGCUCAACAUGACAGAUGAGAGUCUCCUAUUACAAAACGUGGUUUUUGUUGGAAAAGUAUGCUACGGCGUUGACGAGAUACGUGGCAAUCUGGUUUUGCUGUUUCCUCUUGAUAAACCCGUCCCAUCAAUGAGCGUCAUAGAAGUAGAUGGGCAUGUGUUGGAUACGGUCCACAGGAGAAGUAGUGGUAAAGCAAUGUUUGAAAAUCGACCUUUUCAUCUCGCUAUCAACCAACGCACAGCUGAAAUUGUCGUCACACAGAAAACCGUUGGCAUCGGCGAAAAACGAGCUGUGGUUCUUUAUUCUGAUUUGAACGUCCGGUUGUCCAUUGAGCAUGAUAGUAUACGUUGGGCAAGAGGUGUCAGUAUUGACAGUCAAGACAACAUAUACGUAUGUGGACAAAAUUCCUCGAACGUAAUGAAAAUGUCGUCUGACGGAUCUGAUGCGCGCGUGCUGCUAGAUGCAACCGACGGACUAGAACAUCCGGCUGCUAUUCACAUAUGUGGAGACAGAUUUUUUCUGUCAGAUGUCGGAUACACAAAUAGAAAUGUUGUCAAAAUUUAUGAAAUGGUUUAGAACAGAACUUCAGCAAAUAUUAUAAAAGCUACUUUCAACAUUUUUAACAAUAAACACAAUUUUAUAGAAAUAUUGGUGCACGAAUUUACCACAGGAACUGAUCAUAUUUAAUUCGCAAAGUUUAUCCUAUUUCGUUUAAGACUUCGAAAGUUAUCGUUCAACAAGUUUACAAACAAGAAUUUAGUCAUGGAAUAUCAGUCAAGUACAUUUUCAUCAAUUUAGUACGUGAUCUCAAUUUGUUUGUGUCAAUAUAUUCCUCAUAAUAGAUUUUAUAUAUACAGAAACGCUAUAUAUUUAUAGGUGUUAAAAUGCCAAAAUACCAAUUUAACUUAGUUGUAGUAGAAAAGUUUUGCCAUUUAUUUAUGUAGACAUUAGAAAUAUAUAAUCAACUUUAUAGCGUGGUUUACAUUUCAUGUUGUUAUGUUUGUUGUUUGCUACAUGUUUAUGUUAUUAAAUUACU